AAUAAAAUAAAAACAAAACUGCGUAAAUUUCUCAUACAAAAUUACAAAAUUUUCGUUUUCUCGUGUUUAAAUGUUAAAAAACAAAUUAAUUUAAGUGUCCUCUUUAAUAUUUGUUAAACCAAAUUUUAAUUUAUAUUCCGGUUAAAUAAAAAACAACAAAAAUAUCGUCUAAUAAAUUUCGUAAAAGAAGAAAAACAAUGGACCAACUUGUCGAUUGGCAAAACAAUUAUCAAAACAUUCGGGAUCGUGGCCAGCACUUGCUAGACACUGAAAAAUGGGCCGAUUGUCGAUUCCUUGUUGGUAGCCCACCCAACCAGAAGCUUUUGCCAGGUCAUAAGUUAAUUUUGGCAAUGGCUUCACCUGUUUUCGAGCGAAUGUUCUAUGGAAAUUUGCCAGAUAAAACUGAUCCCAUUGUGAUACCCGAUGUCCAGCCGGAAGCCUUUCAUGCCAUGUUAGAGUACAUUUACUCGGACAAGAUCAAUAUUAGUUCUUUUGACAAGGCGUGUGAGUUGUGCUAUGUUGCAAAGAAAUACCUACUACCCCAUGUUGUUGCACAAUGUACGCACUUUCUGUGGGCAGAUUUGAGCCCCAAGAACGCCUGUCGGGCGUAUGAAUUUGCUAAGCUCUUCGAUGAACCACGACUCAUGCAAAGCAGCAUGGAGAUUAUUGCAGCAAAGACGAAGGAAGUCUUGGCAGAUCCCAAUUUCUGUGACAUAGAAAUGUCUACAUUUCUAACAAUUCUAGACUGCGACAAGCUCAAUAUAGAGACCGAAUUGGACUUGUUCAACGCCUUAUUGCGUUACGCUAUGGAACGUGGCUGUAUGCCCGAGGACGACGAUAAUGUGCCCAGCACCAGUGGGAAGUGUCAAGUACACGUCGAUCAAUCAGAGUCCCAACCAAUCGAUGUAGAACACCCUGUUGUGGAUGUGGAAUCAAUGCAUGAGACCAUCGAACCCGACGAGAUGGAUGAGCCCAAAGUAGAGCCAUCUGAGUCCGCCGAGCAGCUUCAACAACACGAAGAAGAACAAAACGUUGAUAUGGAUGCCCAGAGGAAAAUCACCGAUCAAAGUUUAAUGAAACAGGCUGUGAAGAAAAUUCGUUUUCUCACAAUGACUCCCCAGCAAUUCGCUGAAGGUCCUGCUCGGUCAAAAUUAUUGCAGCAGAAUGAGGCUCUUUCGAUUUUAAUUAAAAUCUCGAGUCCGUGCAUCAAUGACUGUCCCAUGCCUGAAGGUUUCUGCACGUCUCGGAUUUCGAGGAAGGUUAACUUUCCGCCACCAAGCAGCCAUGAUAACUACGACGACUAUCGUCUCUCUCCCUCGGAUAGAAAGAAGCCACUUCUGUUUCCCGCUUUGAGUACUUCAGUCUUCGACCUUACUCCUCCCAGUAUAAACAGCCGUUUUGCCGAAAGCGAUUUGACCAACGACACAAGAAGGUCCUAUUGUGUGCGCACAAUUCAACAGCAGUUCGACUAUCGCAACACUAGCGUCACCGAUUGUGGUCUGACUUUCCAAGUGGACACCAACAUAAUGAUUACUGGUGUCCAAGUACCCACCCAGGUGUUGUGUGGUGAAUUGAUGAAUUCAGCUGGAUUCUCGGAGCGGUACGCCGAGAUCCUCUACGCUCACGUCCAGGACAUGCAAGGUUCUCGCCUCACCUACACUCAUUGUACGUCACGUGUCCGAUACGAUUCGAUGCUGGAGAUUUCCUUUGACAGGCCGGUUUAUAUCUAUCGCAAUCGCAUCUAUAAAAUUUAUGUAGUCUUCAACAAGAUCGGUUGGUAUCCGAUGUACACGUGUGUGCCGGAUAUCAUUUGCAAUAGAGUUAAGUUUAUGUUUAAUGUUGGAGCACCAGGCGAAUCUGUGCGCGAUGGAUUGAUACGAGCUAUUGUAUUUUUGCACACUGACAAUCAGUCACCAUCGCCAGAUAGAGCUGCCGUUAUGUUGGAAUAGAAUGGAGAAAGAUUUGUUCGAAUUGUUUUGAAGCGCAUAAGUAAUAUUAAUUACCUAUUAUAGUUUGUAGUUUUAUUGUGUCCUUUAUUUUGUUUUAUUUUUAAAUGUCUACCGAUCUUUAUUUAUCUUAAUAAACGUAUUAGCCAGUCUGGGAUAAAAA